AUGAAACGAAACGCACAAACCUCUCAAUUAAAAGAACAUGAAUCAGUACAGGACACAGAUAUUGUAAGAAAAAAGGCCAAACCUCUCAAUACAUCAUGCAAUACAUCAUGCAAUACAUCAUGUAGUGAAUCAUCAGAAGCAGAACCAGCAUUUAUUGAAUUAGAUAUGCCUCAAGCCCAAGUGUAUUACUAUUCACCCAUUUUUUCCCUACAAGAUUGCACGAGUUAUUAUUCUGAUCUAGCAUCUCUUUCUCAUUGGUCUCGUCCAAUCUUUAAAGUACAUGGCCACACUUCACCUGCUCACCGACUCACUUGUUCUUUUGGUUCAACACCUGAUAAGGUUUAUCAUUAUUCCGGAACUAGUGCAAAAGUUGACUCGAUUGAAUAUCCACCUUCCAUAAAAAUUAUUCAAGAAAAAAUCGAAUCUAUCUUAAACGCAAAAUUUAAUUUUGUUCUAUUAAAUUGGUAUCAAAAUGGUGAUGAAUAUAUCGGUGAACAUUCGGAUAGCGAAAAAGGACUUGUUCCUCAAGGCCUAGGUGAGUUACUCGAAUUAUUCCACCAGCAAUAUGGUGAUAUAUUUGAAGUAUGGCUUGGAAAUGGUCGAAACAUCGUUUUAUGCAAUCCAAAAUAUAUAGUUAAAAUACAUCAUUCAUCUACUAAAAGUAAAUAUAUAAAAAGAAAUUUAAGUACUGAAGGUAGAGAAUAUGGUUUAGUUGAUAAUGGUGUUUUUAAUAAUAAUGAUAUCCAUUAUUCUUGGAAAUUUAAUAGAAUGGUUUUUAGCAAUGCGUUAAUGCGUCCAAAGUUAGAUAGGGAUGCGUUACAGUGGACUAUAGAGUUAGUUGAAGAAAUGGAAUUAUGUUGGCGCAGAAUUGGUAUUAUUAUUGGAGAGAAAGACGUAAACGAUGUGAAUGAAACGUCAAUAAAAAGUAAUGAAAUAAACCUUGUGGGAUGGAUGCGUAGGUUCACAUAUGAUAUGAUAUAUAGAAUAGCAAUCGGGGUUAAAGGAAAUGCUCUUGAAUCAUACACUAAUAAUAUAUGUAAAGUUAAUAAUCAAGAUAAUGUAUGUAAAGUUAAUAAUCAAGAAACGGAACAAAAUA